AUGUUGAGGGAUCUUAAGCGGUUCGAAGCGACGGAAUAUUCGCCGUCAACACCAAUCGGAACCUGCCGGGGAUAUAUACGGUUUUGGAUUCGGAAAACAAAAGAAGAGCACAAAAUGAAGACCAUGGACACUGAGAAUGAGAAUCAGACUCUUCACUCGAAAGUGAUCUCACAUGCAUUUUCAACUGGUACUAUCAAGCAAGGCUCUAUGGCCACUUCCCUGGGUGUUAUCGACAUCGGUGUGAGCGAAAACGCCUACAUCUUCAGAGUCGAACUCCCUGGCACUGGGAAAUAUCAAAAUAAGAUCAAAUGUGAGAUUCAGAGGGACGGAAGAGUCUGCAUCCAAGGAGUGGUUCCUGAGACGACGAUCCCAAGUGAAUCAGGAGGCUUAUUCAGAAUGCAAGUGCAUCAGAGCUGCCCUCCAGGUCCGUUCUCAAUCGGGUUUAGUCUUCCGGGACCAGUGGAUCCUCGCUUGUUUUCUCCACGGUUUCAACCUUGUGGGCUCCUUGAAGUUGUUGUCGUCAAGCUUGGUGUACGCAUCCCUCCUUCAUAG